AUGUCGUUGCAAGUGGAGGAACGGCGCCGUGGCCGUUCACGUUCUCCCGGCGGCCGUGACAGGAGCCGGAGCCGCGAACCCCCUGCCAGGAUUGUCGAGGCCUCGGCUCCAUACCCCGAUGACGAUAGAGAUGGCGGUGUGCGCAUGUAUGAUUAUGAGGACCCUCGUUCUAGGGGUUACGACCCGCCAUACCCUGGCAGAGACCGCGAUGCUCGCGACGAGCCCGACAGAUUUUCGUACCUUCCGCAAAAAUACGCCGGCCAGCCUGAGGGCCGGUCUCGGCGUGACAACCGGGACCGUUACGAUGAUGACGAUCUGGCAUACGGUGCCAAGGAGCCUCCUCCUCCUCCUUCGUCAUCCAGUUACCAGUACGCCCAACCAAAGCAGUACGAGUACGACAGGCCUGAUGAGAGGCUCACGUACUCGUCCUCGCGCCAAGACAGCAGCCAGCUUCUCGUCGCCGGUGAGCCUCGUCGCCGCGACAGGUCCAGAAGCCCUGGCCCAUCGUCUAGCUCCAAAUAUUACCGCGACGAUCCCCGCGGCUCAUCUGCCAGCAUCGUGACGGUCGAACCGGGGGUCAGCAGCAGCGCCAGUCGCCGGUCUAAGCGCGAUUCGUCGCCACUGCCACCCACCGCUCGCAUGUCGUCAUUAUCGGUCAGCGGUGGUCACCACCGAUCAGGUAGUAUGUCUCUUGCCGCCGCGCCGCCCUCGCCGCUGCUGGAAUCAUAUCAUGGUACAUACCAGUCCAUGUCUCCCAUGCCGUCGCCGCUGAUGAUCGCCUCGCGUGAUCCUCCUGGCCAUGACACUCGGGUCCUGGAUGUCGCGCCUCUCGACUCAGACGACGAUGAUCGGUACGGUGGUGGUGACAAGACGAAACGGCGCGCACGCUUCGCCGAUCCAGCUGGUGACGCGGAGAGACUGGCAAAGGCGCUCAAGGGUAACGCGCCGCCCGACGUCGAGCCUCUAAUCGAGAUCCUGCCGGGCCUGACGCACGAGCAGAUCAUGACGCUGCGGGUCGAAUACAAGCAGCUGGUCAAGACGGGCCCGGAUCGAAAAGGUGUCAAUAUCGCCAAGCACAUCCGCUCGAGGCUUAAGGAGGAUGAGCCUAACCUAAUGAAGGCCUGCUACGCCGUCGCGUUGGGCAAGUGGGAGUCGGAGGCCUACUGGGCAAACUAUUGGUACCAAGGGGACAAGACUCGGCGGGAGCUGCUGAUAGAGUCGCUCAUGGGACGGACCAACGACGAGAUUCACGAGAUCAAACAAGCUUUCAGUGACAAAAAAUACGACAAUAGCCUGCGCAACUGCAUGAAAACCGAGCUAAAGGAGGAUAAGUUCAAAAAAGCAGUCAUGAUGGUGCUCGACGAGCAACGUAUGGAAGAGGUAGACCGACAUGGGCGGUACCUGCCAAUGGACCGAAUGCUCAUCGAGGACGACGUGCGUGCUCUUUACCGCGCGGUCCGAUCAGAGAAGGGUGGAGAGAGUGCCAUGAUCCAGAUUGUCAUCAUGCGAAGUGACAGCCAUCUUCGCGAAGUGUUGAAGCUGUACAGUGCUGAGUAUAGGUCUAACUUUGCCCGUGAUGCAUUGAAGAAGAGCGGGAAUCUUGUGGGAGAGUUACUUGCACACAUUCUCAACGGCGUCAUCAACAAGCCGGUUCGCGAUGCGCUACUGUUGCACCAUGCCUUGACCGCAUCGAAACGUGACGACCUGCGUCGGGAGCUGCUCACGUCCCGCCUAGUCCGGUUUCACUGGGACCGCCACCAUCUUGCUGAUAUCAAGGUGGCCUACCGCGAGCGGUACGGCAAGGAUCUGCAAGAGGCUGUGCGGGAUGCGACGGGGAGUUCCGGCUGGGGAAAGUUUUGCAGGGAGUUGUGCAUCGCGCGCAUGCCUGACGACGUUAGGCGGGUGGAGCGGGUCAGCAGGCGUUGA